CCUGCACAUCUGCCCUGCAGCCAGCCUCUGUGUGCACUGCCUUCACUCUCCAGCUCAGCAAGUGCUCCCAGCACAGGCAGGACAGGAGCAGAGGAUUGGGGACCUGGUCUGACUUUGUAGGGAGCUUGGAUUGCAGGAGUGAUCAUCAGGCUCACUCCACACAUGCCAACUGGAUCUUUAUCUUGUGCUAUGUGUCCAGGUCUGUGCCAGGAGAAAGUCUUCUUGCUUUGUACCACCAGCUAAGCAGUCCCCCAGCCCUGGUGAUUUCUCCUCAGUGACCUGCCUGGGUGUUACCUACCCUCCCUCUCAGCUGUGAGCUCCCUGGGACCAGCAGCUGCUGUUACAGGAGCCCCCAUGUCUUCAUCUGACUCUCACCAGUUGCUGAUGGUUUGUGGUUAUUGGAUUCCUCAGAAGGAUUUUAGCCUCCAGAUCUUCACCAUGCAGAAUUAUUAUUAUUGCUGCUGUUUCUCUGGUUGAUCCAUUUGGAGGGGAUAAGGAGAGGACAUACUGUAGUAGCUGGUUCCUUUUCUCAUUUCUCCAGGGCUGAAGAUCAGUCCGACCCACCUGCCCACCACUGUGGUCAGAUCUUUGCCUCUCCCCCCUAGCCCAGGAGGACACUUCUUCUAGGACAAGUUGUAAGGACACCUGGACUCCCAGCCAGUCCCUUCUCAUUUCCCAGGGUCCGGAUUCAUGUCCAUCUCAGGGCUGGAGAGGCCACACAAACGGUCCCUUUCUUGGAAGUCUUUCUAAGAUGAAGUUAUGGGCUAUCCUGGCUGUCUGCAUUUUGCUGUUCAGCUCUGUCUCCAACACCCCGUUGCCGUCACACUGGGUAGCUGGUAAGAAGAGAUCAAGCCAGGAAUCGUGGUUGCAGGACGGGAACGCAGCUUUGGGGAUGUAUGAAGCAGAUCCUGAACCUCCCACUGCCCUGCCGGGGCAGGCAGAUGUACACAAGUUGUCUGAAAUACCCGAUGACUAUCCAGACCAGUUUGAUGAUGUUUUGGAAUUUAUUCAAGACACCAUAAAAAGACUUCGGAGGUCACCCAAUAAGCAAACUCUCUCCAGACGAGACAGGGGAAGACAGGUUGCAGCAACAGGCACUCAGAAUUCCAGUAAAAAAACGAGCAAGGACAGAAAGCGGAAAAACAAAGGUUGCGUCCUUCGGGAGAUACACUUGAAUGUGACGGACUUGGGAUUAGGCUAUGAAGCCAAGGAGGAACUUAAGUUUAGGUACUGCAGUGGGUCCUGCAAUAACCCAGAGACAACUUACGACCAAAUUCUAAAAAACUUGACGAUCAAGAAAAAGUUGGUUAAUGACAAAGUGAAACAGGCAUGUUGUAGGCCGAUUUCAUUCGAUGACGAUGUUUCAUUCUUGGAUGACAAUCUAGUUUACCACACCUUGAAACAACAUUCCGCGAAGAAAUGUGGCUGUAUAUGAUUUUGUUUUAUGGAUGGCCAUGAGGCAGUGUGCAUCGCAUUCCUGAAAUAAGGCAAAGGAAGGGAUCAAGGUUCCCGUUGCAGUCUCCCGAGGACGGAAAUGGAGAAGAGGACCAAGGAUGGUUGGGCAUAGAGCUGUCAUUGAAACUUGUUGGGGCCGUUGUCCAGCAACAGCUAUAAUAAAAAAAAAAAAUACCUCUGCAAGAGUAAUAUCGACAGCCGGAGCAAGACAAUGCUCUUGUAGGGAGGACGUAUUUUCACCAAUAUAUAAAUAUAUAUACAUAUACGAUAUGACUCACCAGCAGUGUUGACUGGAAAAGUCAAUUACCAGCUUUUAAACACAGGCAUUUAUACAUCGUGCAUGUCAGGGUUUUUUUUAUGUAUAUUUUUGUUCAACAAAAACAAGUGUAUUACAUAAUCCAUUAGCUCUGUAUUUUGGGGUUUAAUUAAAAUAUUUGCUACUAUAAUACGCAUUACUUCAGCUCACCUUUAGUCCAUAGACAUGUAAUACCAAACACUCUUCUAAGUAAUUCUUAGUACAAUCUAUGAGUAACUGUAAACCGUAGUGUAACUUCCAUCUAAUUGCAUCUUUAGUAGAGAAGUGUGAUUGUUGUCCCAGAUUUAAUGGACAUGGGCUAAAGUGGAACUUGGGUAUGUUUGUUUAGUAAUGUGGCUGCUUGUUAUCCAGAUCAACCAAUCAGAGUUUAGCUUACAUUAGUCCAUGCAUGCAGACAUUCUGUUGGCCACUUUGGUAGAUUUUAAACCAUACUGGUCAUAAUCUGCUCUUAGCCAAGAAUGAGCUUGCAGAUCAGAGGUAAAUUCUGGUUGCUUUGGAAUUGGGCACAGCCUUCCAUUUUCAUAUAUUAUACAAACCUAAUAGAGUACCACUUUAGUUUUUUAUAUAUAUAAUAAUUAUUUGACAGAAAACAAAAUAAAAAAAUGGGCAAACUUGUGACCUUGCAUGGCCAUAUCUAAUCCAUUUAAGUCCUUGACUGGCCAGCAGUUGCCUGCAGGAGACAUGGCUCGCCAGGAACACGGAUAUCUUCAUAUUUUCCCAGUACUCAGGGAAAUCCUUGAUAACAUGACUUUAGCAUGUUAUGGCAAUACCUAAUUAUUGCAUCUAGUGAACUCAAAUGUGGCCAAACCAUUUUGUGAAUUUCCGGCAUGCUAGAGGUUCCUUUGAUGGCUUAUUUGAAAACCACAUUUGGGAAUUAGCUCAACACGAAACAUAUAAAUGUAUUUUGGGGUUUACAGUAGAAUUAUCUUUUUUUCUUAUUUUAUUUGCAGUACAUUUUGUAAUUGGUCCCCAAGACCAAUCAGACUACUCGAUGCCAUGCAUCCACUCAGAUACAUGAAUAUAAAAGAUAUUUAUUGAGAAUUAAGUUAUUGCUAUUUAUUACAGUCCAGUUAUGAAUGUUUCUUUUUUUUUUCCUAUUUAUUACAAUUUCUCUUUGAUGGUGCCAAAGCGACGCAUUGCUCUCUCUCUCUCUCAAAGGAGACGGGUGCAAGCAAAUGUAUGUUUGGUAGUUGUAGAAUCACACACUUUACCCUUUGCUAUCUUGGCUUGAUGUGGACCUGUGGACCUGUUAGGAGGGUAGUUUGUAUCUUGAAUAUUUUUGCUUUAUUUAAAAGAAGGAAAAUGCUUCAGAGUUUUUGUAAACGAGCACAAGGUCUGAUUACAAGGGAACUGACCGGAAAGCAAAACAUUGGACGCGUUUCAUAAAACAUAUUGCCCAGAAAAUGUGUAAACUCAGGACUCCAAUAGUUGCUGGUUGUAAGAUUUUCUCACCGUGAGCUAGCUAUCUAAAUUCAACAAUCCCACACCACCAAUCACCAAUAAUCACACAAAGCUUAAAAAAAUUGUCUAUUUUUUGUUUUCACCACGAACAGACUCCAAAAAUAAUUGUCCACUAUGAGUUAUCUUUAUGUGAAUAAGUAUCUGCACAGAAAAAAUAAGUUUAUUCCCAUGGUUUCUGGAGUUUUGUUAGGAAUUCCCAUGGCUCUUAUAUCUGCUCCUUGGAGGCAUGGUUGCAUGGUGAUUAGUACUGCUAUCACUGGCGCCAUGGUCCUGGGUUUGACUCCGCCCAGAUUUCUGCCUUCAAGGAGUUUCCAAGAUUGUGCAAUGCUAAGAAAUAUAUUGGUGCUAUAUAAAUAAGCAAAAACAGAUUCUGUUUGCCAAGGACACAGGUCGCCAAUACAAUUGCUGCGUGUAUGGAUUCUGAGUCUGGCUAGUGAGUUCUCUACUCUCCUCACCCCCAUAGUCUAUAUAACUAGUGAGCAGAGAGAUGACUAUAUUUGGGCUUUUUAAGACCCCUAGAUAAAGAAGGGUGUCAACAAUAUAUUGCCACAACCCAGAGUCAACCAGUUCUUACACUCAGUAUAUAUGGCUACUGUGAUCUGGAACUAACAGGGAGGAUCCAAUUUUAAAUAAAUUAUAUGUAAACUAUUGUGAAGCAAAUUGUAUUUUAAUUUAAAAAAAAUACCACACUGUCCUGAUACAGUAUAUCUACUUAAAAUUCCCUUUCCCAAAGAAGAUAGAAGAUGAGUAUUUGAUGGAUGGUGUGCUGAUAUGGUGAAAUCCUGGCUCAACCGAAGAUAAAGUUAUCGUUGAAACUGUUUUAGCCAAUCAGAUUCUAGCUUUACUUAGUUUGUUGCAUGUCUACUUUAUUUCUGUUUUUCUCCAUUAUAAUGAACAACUUGUUAAUUCAUAUUGACUUAUACAUUCUUCAACCUCACUAAUGUUAUCUGGUGAAGAAAAAGAUAACAUUAUUAUGAUUCUUUUGCUAAUUCUUUCAGAAUCCGCUGGCUUUGCAGAUGUUGCGCAGUCCCUGUUCUGUUUAACUUCUUCUUUUUUUGUGGUUUAUAUUUCAUUUUCUUCCCUGUAAAGAGCCGACGAUGCCUCACAUGGUCGUCUUGUGCGUAUUGCUUCAAACUUUCCCCACUAUGAAACUCUGAGCCUGGCCUUAUCCUGCUAACUGUUGCAUUUUACUCACCAAUUGUGCCUUUUUGGUCCAAUCAUUAUCCAUAUUGCCAGAAUCGCAGAGGCGAAGGCACCUGCUCACAGGCAUAAAAGCUUUGAAGGAAUUUUACAAAUAUUUUCUUGCAGAAUUAUAGCACAGUUUCCAACAGUUGUAAAAAUAAGACUUUGUCACAGUGUAAGAAAAUACUUAACUGCUCUUCGCAUAAGCUUUAUUUGAAUCCUCUGGCAGAAUUAAAAUCAAUGUCACAUGCAUUAAAAAAUGCAUCAGACUCCCUGACAGCCAGCAUCCCGUACCGAUCCUGACUGCACCGCUCAUUGCAUUAAAGUUGCAAUGAUUCAAAUUCUUUCCUGCUGCAAUCUUGGCAGUUUAUGGAGUUAAACUUCUAACAUCAUAUAAGGAAGACAGUAGAUUUUACCCUGCUUUAAAUAAAUACUGAUUUUUAUUUUUGUGAGCUUAAAUUCACUUUAAAAUUCACUACCUGUUGAUGGUGUACUUUAAAGUAAGUCAUUGUCAUACUGUUAAUUCUCCUUUAAAGAAGCAUUCAAGAUUAAAUCAGACACAUAUGUGAAGAAUAACUCACAGCUGUAUAGAGAACAAUGUAGAAAUUGUACGAAUCUAUUAAAAAAAAAAAAAAAAGAUUGGGAUUGUGGUCAGAGUCCCAUCAGGAGCUCAUAAUUAAAUCAUUCAUUUACACAUUACAAUUAAGGGUACAUUUACUACAGUAUAUGUCUCUUUUAAAAGCCGCUGCAUAUUUGGCCGCUAGUUUUAAAGGGGCAAAAAUAAAUGCAACCCAUUGCAAGUAUUGUAUUUUAAUUUUAUUGGCCCUUAAAUCCAGCAGCCAAAAAGAGGUGGCAGCUUUGAGAAAAAAUCCACUUAGUAAAUUUACCCCCAAAACUUAAGCGUUAUCUAGUCUUUUUGUAUUUCUUGAACUGAGGUCCAGCAAGUCGUUUGUUUCAUGUUUUAUGGUUUUAUGUUCUGAGAAAUGAAAAGGGUAAA